AUGAACUCCGAAGGCAUCGCCCACUCAAAUUCUCGAGGACCUCUCCGAAGAAACUCCCCACAUCCUUCAGCUGGCAAAAAGCCCACAACAAUAAGCAAGCCCACCGAGAAGUCAGGCGGUAGCAAAUCCACAAACGCCAAAUCCGUCGGUAAAUAUUUGAGCCGUGCUAAAAGCUUUAUCCUCUUCUCGGAAGCAACGGCUUCUGCUGUUCCUGCUGCUGCUCGGACGCCCCGAAACGGAACGGAAGUAUCUAAAAUCCGUUCUUCAUGGACAUCGCUGUUCAAAGGAGUUUCGCUGCUGCUGUUGCUGCUAUUGCUGCUGCUGCUGCUAUUUCCACGGAAUCUACAGGCGGAACAUCACACUGCCAAGGCAGUCUUCUCGAUCUGGACGUCUAGACGGGACACGGAAUUCUUCACCACGUGGUCGCUGACGAACAAGGAACGCAGGUUUAGUCAAGAGCACCCAGGUAACCUAUAUCGAAUAGGAGCAGUACGUAAAGAAUCGUCAGUUGCUCUAUCCAACUUAGCUGACGAGUUCGAAAAGUACAUCAAUGUGCUCAACAAAUUGGAAGAUUCCAACAAUCAUUGGAAUUCUUUCCUUGUAGAGCUGCUAAGCAGUAAGCUCGACCCGACAACGCAGAAGGAAUGGGAACAACAGCUCGAUGAAACUGAACGACCAACGUACCAAACAUUAGUUGAGUUUGUUCAGAAACGCGCACGAAUUCUACAAUCACUAACGCUCUCCCAGAUUUCGAACCAAGUGAACAAAUCCGAAUCAAAGCACGAGUUAAAACCUGUCAGAAGUAAAACCUCCUCGUAUCACACUACAAAUAGUUUCCCGAAGUGUAUCAUGUACAAGAAUUCACACAUAUUAUCCCAAUGUGACGAUUUUAAGAAACUUUCGCCACAACAACGUUUCGAUGUGGCCAAGCGCCACGGCCUCUGCUUAAAUUGUUUGAAGGCGUCACAUUUGAUGAAAAAUUGUUCAGCUGGUUCGUGUCGAACAUGCAGCAGACGAUAUCACACACUGUUGCAUCUGAAUUCACAGUCUUCGGAUGCUGUCGCUCAAUCUGAAUCUGUGGCAGCACAGGUCGGCCAAUAUUCACAACUCUCACAAUCGGCCACGGUUGUCGAAGCGCCACCGUCGGUUACGUGCAUUGCCGAUCAAUGUCACGUGGUCCCUCGGGUUACGGGACUAGCCCCGUCGCCGUCGGAUGGGCUUGUUAAUCGCUCUUUUUCGUACGUACCUUCGUCGGGUACGCAGUCUACACCGUCAUGCUCAGCCCGCUCUUCCUCGCAAGUGACUAAUUGCCAAUCCGUCACUCCAAACCAAUCGUUCGUUUCGAAAGGCAGCACAUCUGCUGUCUUUAUGCUCACAGCGUAUAUCAAAGUUAGACACGCUGAUGGCACUUAUCUCUUCGCCAGAGCACUGUUGGACUGCGCAUCCGAAGCCAAUUUCGUUACCGAAGAACUAGCCCAAAAGCUUUGCUCAAAGCGCAAGCUCGCAGACAUAGAUGUUUACGGCAUCAGUCAAUCGGUCAAGAAAGUGAAACACCAAACAACUAUUACAGUUGCCUCUCGCUUUGGAUCAUACAGUACUAGUAUAGACUGUCUGAUACUACCUACGUUAACUCGGAUUUUACCUACUGCCAAUGUAGAUAUAUCGAAAUGGGUUAUUCCUCGCCACCUCCCUCUCGCAGACCCUAAAUUUAAUAUCGCUCACGAUGUAGACAUAAUCAUCGGUAUAAGGAAUUUCUUCUCGAUCUUAGAAAAUGAGCAGAUCACACUGGGCGAUAGCAUGCCGGUGUUGCGCAAAACGGUGUUCGGAUAUGUUGUCGCAGGAGAAGCAUCGGUUCACCAUAGUCCUGUGGUAGUUUGCAACGCAUCAACUGUUGAAAACUUGACGUCAGCAGUUCAUAAAUUCUGGCAGGUGGAGAGUUUUGAGAAGGGAAAGGCAUUCUCCCUCGAGGAACAGCAUUGCGAGGAAGCAUUUUUGAAUACGCAUUAUAGAGCCGCUGACGGUCGGUACGUGGUACGUCUGCCGAUUCGUAAGGAGUUGUUGUGUCCUCUGGGAGCGUCAUAUUCGGUUGCGAAACGCAGAUUCCUGACCAUCGAGAGGAAACUAAUAAAAGAUCCUACGCUCCAGGUAGAAUACUCACAAUUCAUGACCGAGUACAUUUCGUUGGGACACAUGGAACAAAUUGAACCAGAUAUGUCGAAACCACACUUUUAUCUUCCUCAUCAUGCUAUACAACGUCCCGAGAGCACUACUACAAAGACGAGAGUAGUGUUCGACGCCUCGUGUCGAAGCUCCAACAAUCUAUCGUUAAACGACCUCUGCUAUAUUGGACCCACAGUUCAACCACCGCUACUGUCUACACUUCUCAACUUUCGGUUGCCGAAGCACGCAAUAACUGCCGACGUGGAGAAGAUGUAUCGGCAAGUUCUCAUCCACGAAGAAGACCGUGCGCUGCAGCUGAUCUUGUGGAGAGAGAACCCGAAGGAUCAACUGAAAACGUAUCGUUUGAAAACAGUGACUUAUGGCACUGCUCCUGCUCCGUACCUCGCCACCCGCGUGUUAAACAAAUUGGCCGAGGAUGAAGCCGAAAAUUACCCGUUGGCUGCUGCGAAAGUGCUGAGUUCUUUCUAUGUGGACGAUUAUCUUUCGGGAGAUGACGAUGAGCAACGCCUGAUAGAAACAAAUAAUCAGCUGAUAAAUCUGCUUCGUUGUGGAGGGUUCAAUUUGCGAAAGUGGUGUAGUAAUAACCCCAACAUUCUCUCACACAUCCCCGAAUCACUUCGAGAUACUCGAACAGAGUUGGAAAUCAACAAGUCAGGAUCGGUGAAGGCACUCGGCCUCCUCUGGCACCCCCUUCCCGAUCACUUUAGUUUCAACGUUCCAAAAUUUUCAUCGUCGGAAACGAUCACAAAACGUUUAAUGCUCUCAGAGAUGUCGCGCCUUUUCGAUCCGAUGGGGUUAGUCGGAGCAGCUAUCGUCAGCGCGAAGAUCCUUCUGCAAUUAAUGUGGUCGAAAAACUUUGACUGGAACCAAGAAGUUCCAAAAGAAUUUCAAGAUUGGUGGAUCCAAUAUCGGUCCGAGAUUCAGACACUCGCUGUUUUAAAAAUUCCUCGCCGUGUUAUGGUGGAUAAUCCUCGGGUACUUGAAUUUCACAUCUUUUCAGACGCAUCCGACAAGGCCUAUGGAUGUUGCGUCUAUCUCAAAUCUAUCAAUUCAAUGGGAGAACGCAAAUGCAAUUUACUCAUUUCAAAGUCUCGCGUCAGCCCACUCAGCAAACUAUCAACUCCUCGGCUCGAGCUUUGUGCCGCUGUGCUCGCUGCGCAACUGGCCGAGUUUGUACUGGACGCCACAAAGAUUAAUUGCCCAGUAACGUACUGGACGGAUUCGACAAUAGUACUUCACUGGCUGGCAUCGUCAUCAUCUUCGUGGAAAGUGUUUGUGUCGAAUAGAAUCGCCGAAAUACAUCGGCUCACCCGAGGUAGUAUUUGGCGCCACGUUCCAACCACCGAUAACCCUGCUGAUCGAGUCUCACGAGGCAUUCUCCCAUCUCGCUUAAUUGAUAACGAUUUGUGGUGGCAUGGACCUCCGUUCCUACUCGAGGAUGAGUCAAGCUGGCCGCCGAACAAUAUAGCGCUCUCGCCGUUACACUUACAGGCUCGAGAGACAGAAGCCAGACAAAUAGUGUCCAUGAUAACCACCAUUACAACUUCAUUGCUUUCGGAAUUGAUCGAACGACAGUCUCUUCUUUCUCCUCUGCUACGCAAGGUCGCUUGGAUUCACCAAUUUAGUCACAACGCCCGCGCGAGAGAAGCCCGAAAUCACCAUCGUGGCCCACUUACUGCCACAGAGAUUGAUAUCGCAUUGAAAACUUUGAUUAAAGUCGCUCAAAAGGAAUACUUUUGCUAG